UGAGUCGGCAAAAUUUUCGUGUUUCUUUUUUUUGCUGGGCGGGCGCGAGGGAACGGAUCCAAAUUAACCAAUUCGUUUUCGGCGAAAUCCUAUUCUUACUCCGGUGAAAUUACCGAAUCAAAAACCCUACUCUCGAAGAAACUUGCUGUGCUCAAGCUUCUUCAAUGGCGGAUGAUGGCUCCGCCUCUAAUCGAAGGGACCCAAUAAAGUCUUCAGUUGGAAAUGUUGCGGGACAAAGAAGACGAAAACAAGCUGUUACAGUGGCGAAGGAAAGAAGGGAAUUACUGGUUAGGGCAAAGCGGCUUUGUAGGGUGGGUACUAAUGGCGAUGUUGAGGAUGCUCUUGUUGAGAAUGAGAUGAUGGUUGAUGAAGAGCAGCCUAUAUUGGAGGCUCAAGCCAGUAAAUCUGUGGAAGAGCUCAAGUCCGCUGUUCAAUACCAGGGAAAAGGUGCAAUGCAGAAGAGGGUGACUGCUCUUCGGGAACUCAGGCGUUUAUUAUCAAAAUCUGAGUUCCCUCCUGUUGAAGCUGCGCUCCGUGCUGGUGCAAUACCUUUACUUGUGCAGUGUCUUUCAUUUGGCUCCCCCGACGAACAGUUACUUGAGUCAGCUUGGUGUCUUACCAACAUUGCUGCUGGAAAACCUGAAGAAACAAAAGCUCUAUUACCUGCAUUGCCGUUACUCAUUGCUCACCUUGGAGAAAAGAGCUCCGCACCGGUGGCUGAGCAGUGCGCAUGGGCAAUUGGUAAUGUUGCCGGUGAAGGAGAAGAUUUGAGAAAUGUUCUUUUGUCUCAAGGGGCUUUGCCACCUCUAGCACGUAUGAUUUUUCCCGACAAGGGUUCAACAGUGAGAACAGCUGCAUGGGCAUUGUCAAAUCUGAUUAAGGGACCUGAGUCAAAGGCAGCAGCACAACUUGUUAAAAUUGAUGGGAUACUGGAUGCAAUUCUUCGACACUUGAAGAAAACGGAUGAGGAAACUGCCACGGAAAUUGCAUGGAUCAUUGUUUACCUAUCUGCCCUCUCAGAUAUCGCUACAAGUAUGCUCUUGAAGGGAGGCAUUCUUCAACUACUUAUUGACAGAUUAGCAACCUCAAGUAGCCUACAACUUCUCAUCCCGGUUCUCCGAAGUUUAGGCAAUUUUGUCGCUGUUGAUCCCAAAGCAGUAUUAACAAUUCUUAUCCGUGAACAGAACACUGAAGAAAGCAUCAUUGGUGUGCUUGCAAAGUGCUUAAGAAGCGAGCACCGUGUUUUAAAGAAGGAAGCUGCUUGGGUGCUAUCUAAUAUAGCGGCGGGAUCUAUUGAACACAAGAGAAUGAUACAUUCUACUGAAGUAAUGCCAUUGUUGCUACGGAUUCUUUCCACAUCCCCCUUUGAUAUAAGGAAAGAAGUUGCCUAUGUCUUGGGAAAUCUCUGUGUAGAAUCUGCAGAAGGAGACAGAAAACCAAGGAUAAUUCAAGAGCAUUUAGUCUCUAUUGUCAGUGGCGGUUGCCUCCGGGGUUUCAUUGAGCUGGUCAGAUCUCCUGAUAUCGAAGCUGCUAGGCUUGGUCUUCAGUUCAUUGAGCUGGUUUUAAGAGGAAUGCCAAACGGGGAAGGGCCAAAGCUUGUGGAAGGAGAAGACGGUAUCGAUGCAAUGGAACGGUUUCAGUUUCAUGAGAACGAAGAGCUGAGAGUCAUGGCGAACAGUCUUGUGGAUAAAUACUUUGGUGAAGAUUAUGGAAUCGAUGAAUGAAAUCGCCUCGGAUUUUAGGGUGAGAAUACAAAGAAAGUCGGAUGAUGAAAUCAAAAGGAAACUAGUCAUCUUAGCGUUUGCUUGUAACGAUAGUGAGUGAGAGAGAAAGACAAUAGUCUUUAGGUUUUGUCUUUUGGGUUGUUGUUGUAACUACUUGUAAUACAGUUUUGUCUCACCGAAGGUUUGAUUCCUUUUUGUCGUAUCCUCCUUGUCACUUCAAAUCCAAUUAUAAGAUACACUGUCAAUGUAAUUAUGAUUUUUAGAUACGGUGGUAUUUUAUUUGAAUAUCGAAUUAUCUUUUUAAUCUAAGCUAAACUAAAGUAAAUGAUUUU